CCACAGAGUCCUGGCGGGCAGAGCGCCACGGGGGUGCCGGCGGCCUUAAGGGCGCAGUGCGCACCAAGCAGCCAGUGAGCACGGGCUUCCGCACCUCAUCUCCUCACCCGUGCCCUGUGUCCCCCGCGAGCCCCACACUCCACCGCACGCCUGCGUCCCCCCGCGUCCCCCGCUUCUGCGUCUCUGUCCCACGCCCAGGACGUCCCCGCCCCACUUGCCGGCGCCUCAGGAAGGAACUGCCUGUCUCAGACUGCUCGCCGCCGCGCACCAUGCCCCGCAUCGAUGCGGACCUCAAGCUGGACUUCAAGGAUGUUCUGCUCCGACCUAAGCGAAGCAGCCUCAGGAGCCGAGCAGAGGUGGACCUUGAGCGUACCUUCACAUUUCGAAACUCAAAGCAGACCUACUCAGGGAUUCCCAUCAUUGUGGCCAACAUGGACACCGUGGGGACAUUUGAGAUGGCAGUGGUGAUGUCACAGCACUCCAUGUUUACAGCAAUUCAUAAGCAUUACACCCUGGACGACUGGAAGCUCUUUGCCACUAAUCACCCAGAAUGCCUGCAGCAUGUAGCUGUGAGUUCCGGCAGUGGGAAGAAUGAUCUGGAAAAGAUGAGCAGCAUCUUGGAAGCUGUGCCGCAGAUUAAGUUUAUUUGCCUGGAUGUGGCCAAUGGCUAUUCGGAGCAUUUUGUGGAAUUUGUGAAACUUGUCCGUGCCAAAUUUCCAGAACACACCAUUAUGGCAGGGAAUGUGGUGACAGGAGAGAUGGUGGAAGAGCUGAUUCUUUCCGGAGCAGAUAUAAUCAAAGUGGGAGUUGGACCAGGUUCCGUGUGCACCACCCGCACCAAGACCGGGGUCGGCUACCCCCAGCUGAGUGCCGUGAUUGAGUGCGCUGACUCUGCCCAUGGCCUGAAGGGCCACAUCAUUUCUCACGUCACCAGGCCCUGUGGAGGGGGGACAUCUCAGCCCACCCCAGGAGCCCACUCUCUUCGAGUCCCAGGAACACAGGCCUUCUCGAGGCAGGACUCACCACUGACCACGAUAAUGUGGGACUUCAGGGCCCCCCACAAGACACCCUCACAGUCACAACCUACUCACGAGCAAGACGGAGGCUGCACGUGUCCAGGAGAUGUCGCCAAAGCCUUUGGAGCCGGGGCGGAUUUUGUCAUGCUAGGAGGGAUGUUUUCGGGCCACACCGAGUGUGCUGGAGAGGUGAUCGAGAGGAAUGGGCAGAAGCUCAAGCUCUUCUACGGGAUGAGCUCCGAAACAGCAAUGAAGAAGCACGCAGGAGGGGUAGCCGAGUACAGAGCCUCUGAAGGCAAGACUGUGGAAGUGCCUUACAAAGGGGAUGUAGAAAACACAAUUCUGGAUAUUCUCGGGGGACUGAGGUCUACCUGCACCUAUGUGGGGGCCGCCAAGCUCAAAGAGCUCAGCAGAAGGGCGACGUUCAUCCGGGUGACCCAACAGCACAACACGGUGUUCAGCUAACCUUGCGGAUGAUGUGCCGAUCCUGCUCAUGGAAGCUUCCACACACAACUGCGUUCACACUGUCUUCCUGUUACAUCAGCGCCUCCGGAUGCUCCUGAAUGCUGGAAUGCUGCCGCCUCCUCCCCCUCCUGCCGCCUGGAGGCUCUGGGGCUCCCCUAGUGCCUUUCGGGGGGCCGGGAAGCAGAGCACUGAUAGGGUCAGUGGUCAGAGCCCAGCUACCCAGAGCCCAUAACCUCAUUGUUAAAACUAACACUCUUACCUUUUUCUUUUCUUUUUAAAAAAGAAAAUGGUUUCACUUUAAUAUAA